UCCAAGGGGGCACCAUAACACAAGCUUCACGCACACACGUCCUGCUAAAAUGUAUAGUCCCGCGCCGUAUGUCAACCAAGCAGGAAAUCCUUCUCCAGCGGAUUAAUUGCGGAAUACAAUUAUAGAAUAACGAAGCACCGGCAUGGAAUCAGAGAAACAAGUUCAAUCAACAGGAGAGGAUGUGCCUGACCCAGAGGAGGAGGAGAAGAGGCUGGCGGCCGCAGCCCGGGAAGCCAACCGUUUAUCUGAGCUGCGGCUGGUGCUGUUGGGCUGGAGGUGGCCUGGGAAGAGCCUCACAGGCAACACCAUCCUGGGCCGCGAGGAGUUCCGCCUAGAACGGGCUGCCGAGUUCUGUGUCAAGCGUCAGACUGAGGUGGAGGGGCGCCAGGUGACAGUGAUAGACACGCCGGGCUGGUUCUCAGCCCAGACAACGCCUCUCCUCUACCAGCAGGAGAUGGUACGGGGCGCCUCUAUGUGUGGUCCCCCUGGCCCCCACGCCUUCCUGCUUGUCAUCCCCGUGGGCAUGUUUACUGAGGUGGACCGGGGCCGCAUCGAGGAGCACCUGGCCCUGUUUGGGGAGAGCGUGUGGAGGCAUACUAUCCUAGUGUUCACUUGGGCUGAGGUACUGAGGAACAUGUCCAUCGAGAGACACAUCAAGCGGGAGGGGAAGGAUCUGCAGUGGGUGUUGGAAAAGUGCAAGAGGAGAUACUUUGUCAUCAAUAACUGCAUAUUUGGGGAGCACCCCCAACUGAGGCGGCUCAUGGAGAAGAUAGAGAAGGUGGUGGCGGAGGAGGGCAUCUAUAACCCAGAGGAGGUGGAGGAGAAGAAACAGGACCAAAACCAGAACCAGAACCGGGAGCUUGGGGCAAGGCCCAAAGUGAACUCUGCUGUAGGAUUGGCCAAACUGGACGUGGACCCGCCCCACAAUUCGGUGGAUUGACUGACUGACUAAAGGAGAGAUGGUGAGCCACCACAGUACCGAUUUUAAGAGCUGCCGGAUCUACAUCCAUACAUCACCCUUAACCUCAAGGCCUGUAUUCACACAUUGUCUCAGUGUUGAUCUAGAAUCAGUUUGCCUUUUUAGAUCAUAAUGAAUGAGACCGGUGAGGGGCGACCUAAUCCUAGAUCAGCACUCGCACUCUGAGACAAUUUCUGAAUACAGACCCAGAUUAUUUUAGAGUUUUAAGAUAUAUUUUUUUAAUUUAUAUUAGUGUGAGCGAUAUUAUCUGUAACUGGAUGUAGGCCAACAUUAUGCUGUUUGGGACUGUUCCCUCCCACAGCUCUGAUGAAAUGUAUCUAUUUGGGGGUUAGAUUUUUACUGAUUUGGUUUGCACAUGAAAUUUUAAAAAGAAAUAUGACCAAGAAAAAAAUCCCAGACAUUCAUACAGGAUGAUGAAAGAAAUGCUAAAUGACUUCAGAUGGCCAAUGUGUACUGUUAUUUUUUAAAUUUUACCCUUAUUUAACUAGACAUGUCAGUUAAGAACAAAUUCUUAUUUUCAAUGACGGCCUAGGAACAGUGGGUUAACUGCCUUGUUCAGGGGCAGAGCGACAGAUUUGGAACUUGUCAACUCGGGGAUUCGAUCUUGUCACUAACCACUAGGCUACCUGCUACCUGCCUAGUGGUUAGAGCGAGGGCCUAGUAUAGGCUACCUGCCUAGUGGUUAGAGCUAGGGUAGAUGGAAGGCCUACCCUUUGUUCCAUGAAGGGAGGAUAAUGGGAACACAACAGUACGAGACAAGUCUCUCUGAGGCUGGGAAAGAGACAGGGAAGUCCCUAUGAUACUUCUUAACCAAGUAUUUACAGUACAUACUAGACAGCAGAGCUCUACAGAGCAACCAUUUUACUCUCAUAUGCAUCUAAAAAUAGAUGUGUUGAUCAAGUAUGAGCACAUGUGCGACUUGUGAUUUAUUGCCCCAGAAAAUACCUGCUGUAGACAUUUUGAAAGUAUUUGUUUGGCAUAGAAGUUGGUCGAAUUUACUGGCAUAGAAGUUGGUCGAAUUUACCCGGAAGUCUACUAAAGUGGGACUUUGUCCUCGUGUUUCUUGGCAGUGUACAUUGUUUUGUUCACUCUCUAGGUUUUCUUUUUUUUAAUGUUAAGAGUUUGCUCAACUGCUAGCGAAGAGACACGUCGGAAAAUAUCAUCUCUCACAGACAGACAUGUGAGUCGCACCAUUACAACGGUGAAGGCCCUCCUGUUAAAGAGGCAGCUGAACAUUUGUCUCGCCUAAGUGACUCAAAUAUUUAAGGUUAAAUUGUAAUUGGUUGAGCAUGGAACACUCUUAAAACUCCUAUAUUUUUCUAUUUAGGAGCACAUGUGCUCAUUGUAAAACAUGUUACUGUAGAGCCCUGGACAGGUAUUCUCUACAAUUGCACUACUAGAUUUGAAAAUGUUUAAUAAUUGUCCGCGAAAAUGUUGUUCAGGGAAAUUGUGUGUGGAAAAGUUACCCAGUUGUGACCAAACCUAAAUUGGCAUUUUAGACAAUGUUUUAUCAAGCACUUGAAGUGCAGGUACUGUUUUACUCUACUAGUAGAGAAUCCAAAUAUCUAUGUCUGGGUUUUGUUCAUGGGUGUGAAAUGUUACAUAAAUAUACAAAAUCCACAUGUAAUAAACCCAACCUUCUAUGCAAGCGUAAAGCUACUGAAAUGUAAUUUAAAAUGUAGUUGUGUGAUGAUAAAUUAAUGACACAUUGCGUUUCAUUUUUAUACAUAAUUUUGGCAGUUAUAUGCUUCCAUAACACUCUAAGUAGGGUCGCUUAAUUAUUCAGAUUGGUUAGAAAUGAAACAUGAUGUAGAAUUGCAACAUGGCCCAUGUUGAUAGCAUUGCGAUAGGCUUAACACUGUGAGUACAAGUAUGUCUCAUCAUUAUUGUCAUCAUAUUAUAAUUGUAUAUUAUUAUAUACUCUAGGUCUUUUAUUCUUCAUUUCUUCAUAUUCUGACAACCAAUACUAGCUACUGGUAGGUACUAGCACUAACUCACAUCCGGUUGUGGGUGUAAUAUGUAUUUCUUUCCAUGUUGAUAAUAUAUACAAACCCUUUCACAAACAUCUCCAUACUGAUGAUACGCAUUGAUGUUACAUAUUAUUCUGUUAGCUCCACUUACGGGAAUGCGCAUGUGCUGUAAGGGUUCUGAGUCGAGCAAAGUAUCAGCACAGAAAUAUCUUUAAAGUUCUGUUUCGAGUUACCGCUGGUUGAAUGAUUUAUCAGAGGGAGAUGAGUUAGGUGUCACCUCUAGUCUGUGCAACUAGAGUAGUCUUUUCUUUCCCUUUAUAAUUGAUGCUGUUUUGUUUGUGUGAGAAAACUAUGAUUUCUAUAUUUUGUCUAUUGCUGUAGUAGACAAUUCUAUCUUUCCCAAAGUAUCCAAAUAAAGUGUAUGUUUUGCUGGAAUGUA